AUGGCCCACAGACUGGCUGCCCCAUGGAAAUUAUUACUCCAUCAUGGCUAUCCUGGUCACAGUCUCAUGCAAGAAGUGUUGCAACAGACCCACCCAUCACUCAGUGCCAAUGAUCCAUGCCAUUGUGAUGAGUAUCGGGCAGAGGUUACCAUCCUCAAGCAGGAGAAUGCUGACAUAAGGUGGGAGAUAGAAGUAACCUGUACUGAGCUUGCUGCUCUCCAUCAGGUGGUAGAUGCUAUCUGUAAUCACCUAUUCCUGGCCCCAGACAUGCUUAACCAUCAUCUGGUCCCAUUUCAUGCUACUUCCAACCCUACACUGGUACCUCACAUGCCAGUCAUGGUGGAACUUGGCACUGCAACUGGUGUUGUAGAGGUACAAUCAUCCCAAAGCAGCUCAAGACAGGAGUCCACUGAACCCCCCCUGGCUUCAUUCAAGGGAGGUGCUGGCUUGGAAGUACCUCCUUUGAAUGUUGAACCUGUGCAUGGACCUGCUGGAGGUCUGGCAAUCUCUAUUACUCCACCACCACCAGCAGUCAGAUCAGUGCCUGGACAGGAAGGUAGGAUGGAGGUCAACUAA